AUGCUUGUCUUUAUUUGGAUGCGAAUGCCGCACGGAACGCAAAAGCAAAUUGAGGAUUUUUGGAAUUCCAUACAUUUAUGUGAGCAUUUCUCAUCCUCCUUGUCUCCCAUGGUAAAACCCAGUGGAAGGGCCAAGACCCAUACCACUGUAAAGGGGGGCAUACGUGCGAUGUUCCCUGCGAAAGAACCGGGUCGUGGUCGAGGGAUUUUAGGGAUGAAGGAAUUGAAGCAGAACAGUUUGGUUAACGCGAAGAAUCAAUUCCGCCAGUUGUACAUGAAGAGUGGUGACAAGUUCCAUGACUUCCUCUCUGAAUUCCUAUACCUGGCUGCAGAAGCUGGAACUGCAGAGGACAGCUGGAAAGAUGAGCUCUAUCACCGAAUCACCACUGAACUGCAGAAAAUGACGAUGAAUGAGAAGCUGCGGGAUGGAACCUUUAAGGGGUUCUCUGACUAUUGCUCCCAGACCGCAAGCCACCUAUAA